UUCAGCGUCGACCAUCGGAAAACUUAAGGAGCUAGCUCGACAAUACGAGGCUUUGAGGAAGAGUACCCAGACGAAUUUUAAGCGCACUGGGAUGACCGCUUCCGGAAAUGACCGGAGCCAGGUGCGCUGCUAUAAUUGUUCAGCACAUGGCCAUUAUGCUUCAUCGUGUCCCGCACCUAAGCGGGAGAAGGGAUCGUGUGUCCAGUGUGGAUCCAUGCAGCACCAGGUGAAGGAUUGCCAACAGAAGCCUAUGCCAACCCAGCGAUCCGUGGGUACAGCCAGCAACCCGCCAAUGGACGACAGAGAGGAGAACAAUAUUUUUGUUCCUAUUGUUAAUCAGCGCUAUUAAUUUGAUGCAGCGCUCGGCGAUACCUUAUGAAAAUUUUGAUGGUUUACUAAGACCGACAGAGUAUUUUGGAGUUAACGGUUCGAGAAUAAGCAUUUUUGGAAAAAUAAUUGUCAAUUUAGUUUUUCAUAACAUUGAAAAAGAACUUAUAUUUUUCGUUGUACCAAACAACUAUAUUUCGUGUAAUGUCCUUCUGGGGCGCAGUUUCCUUGAAAAUUAUGGAAUAAAAUUAAUUUUUGAAAAUGAAA